AUGACACACCUUAACGGCCCUUCUGCCCGCGACGGUACUCACAAGAGCGAUCCCUUUUCAAAAGUGCCGCUGAACGUGCUUCCGCCCGAGUUCUACGCUGCCCGCCUCUCCAAGGCAGCCCGCAGCCGUCGGGAAGAUGGCAUCCGCGCGCUGCUCCCGCUGGAGAGCCGUCCCGGCCUGAUCUCGCUGCUCGCGGGAAAGCCCAACGCGGAGACGUUCCCGAUCACAUCCCUCCAGUUCACGAUGCGGGACCCGACCAGGCCGGGAGGCGAUGUCAAGAUGGAGCUGACCGAGGAGGAGCUGAACCGAGGUAUGCAAUACGGCCCCACCUCCGGCUUCCACGAUCUGCGCGAGUGGAUGUUUGGCCUGCAGGAGUACUUGCAUGCACGGGGAAAAGGCGAAGGGUGGGGCGUGAGCGUUGGCGCGGGAUCGCAGGAUUUGUUGUUCAAGGCUGCGACCGCGCUGCUGGACCCCGGCGAUGCGAUGUUCGUGGAGACACCUGUAUACGCAGGCGUCCUCCCUAUCUUCCAUGCGCUCGAAUGCGACAUGAUUGAGAGUGCAGAUAAACUUACAUUCGCAGAGGUCCACACUGAUGCCCAGGGCAUUUGCUCGCAUUCCUUGCGCACGAUGCUGGAGAGCUGGCCCGCAUCAAAACCCAAGCCUAAAGUCUUGUACACCAUACCCUACGGCUCGAAUCCGACUGGCGUCACGGCGACCGUCGAGCGCCGCAAAGAGGUGCUCGCGCUCAGCCGAGAGCAUGAUUUCCUAAUCCUCGAAGAUGACCCAUAUUACAACCUUUACUACGGUGCUGCCAGCCGUCCGCCGUCCUACUUCUCUCUCGAGAAGUCCGAGCCAGAAGUAGGCAGAGUGCUCCGAUUCGACAGCCUUUCGAAGAUUCUCUCCUCGGGCAUUCGAAUCGGCUUCGCCACCGGGCCCGAGCCCAUCCUCAAGGCAAUGGAAGUGCACAGCAUGAUGGUGAACCUGCAGCCCUCGUCCUUCUCGCAGGUUCUCGCGCACAAGGUCCUCUCCUCAUGGGGCUACGCGGGCUUCUCCGCGCACACCGCGCGCGUGGCGGAGUUCUAUCGUGCGAAGCGCGACGUGUUCGAGGCCGCAAUGCAGCGGCACCUCGCGGGCCUCGCGGAGUGGUGUACGCCCGAGGCGGGGAUGUUCUUCUGGUUCAAGUUGCUGCUUAGCGAGCCAGGCGCCGGGCAGGACGUGGAAGACGACUCAGAGGACCUCAUACGGACGAUCGCGCUGAAGCGGGGUGUACUCGCGCUGCCCGGUACGACAUUCUAUCCAAGCGGACGUCGCACGGCAUAUGUGCGUGCGUCGUUCAGCCUAUUGCCCGCGGAGGAGGUCGACGAAGCGCUGCGCCGCCUGCGAAGGGUCGUACUCGAUGCGCGGAAGGCGCUGGCGAAGGGCUCAAAAUGA